CCCCCCCCCGGCUCCAACUUAAUGUUGUUCUUGAACAUUUUAUGCUGAUAGAAACUAGCCCACCAAAAGUUAACAUUUUAUAUCUCUCGUAUAAUUUUGAAGCAGUUGGACUUAGCAGCAUGACAGGGACCAUUUAUUCCGAGCCCAGAGCCACGGUGCUUAUCUGGCUGGAUACAGCUGCAGAACUGCCUCGCGUGUGUCAAUGAUAACAGUGAGAAAUUAGCUAAAUUAAAGAAACGGAGCCUCGGGUUUAUAUAGUAAUAUGCCACUAGCCCAUAAAGUGGAUUAGACUCCUCUGCAUCCCUGUGGUGUGUUUCGAAAGGGAAUUAGGCACCCUUUCACAAGCAGAACGGCUAAAGAGUGUUGAAAAAAUAACCUGUGCCAGGUGAUCUUGCGCGUGUGCCCUUGGUAGGCAUAAUCAGACAGAAGCUGGCUUCGAGAGAAGAAAGGGUGCAAAGGUGCAAGCCCUCCAUUGGUGCAGGACACAUUUGGUUCAAAUCCCACAGAGCUUCCCGGGUUAAGUUAGCAUCUUCUUUGAAUCUGGCUGAAAAAGUGGAUGAGGAUAAUGUGAACAAUUUUUUUGGGUUUUUAGGUGAGAACUGGGGGAGAGAAGGUGUACAGCUCGGCACAGGUGCCCGCAUACAUUUUGGUGGCAGCACUGGAUAUUGCCAAAAAGCCAAACCUUGUUCCAUGAUGCAGAGACUCUCAAAAUACUUUCAGUUUUAAGCAGAAUUUUAAUUGCAGGGCGGUUAUAAACGGCUCUAUAAAUCCCUCCGGCUGCCUGUGAGCCCAGCCAGUCUUUCACGUUUCUUCCACUCAGGCCUUGCUUAGACUUUGAGCUUAUAAUAUCCCACGGCUAUGUCUUCCCCCAGAUGAAUCCACUGGAAGCUGGAAAACAUUGCAAACCUUCCCCUUCGGCUAUCUGUUUUGUGCCCGUGCUUUCUGCUGGGUUAUUUCACUUCCUCCAUUUAUUGCCAUGGAAAGACUGAGCCCCGUUUGUUUCCUGCCCAUCAGCCUCAAAGCCUUUGUGGUUCACUAUAAGUACGUAAAGAGAAUUUGCUGCCUUGGGCCCGGGGCCCUUCUGUCCUGGCAGAGUGAGCAGCCAUGUGAGAGCACAAAGCCCACUGACAGGGGGUGAGGGCAACAGUUCUUCUCCACUCUUGUUCUCCUGCAACUGAGAUUCAAAGGUAUGCUGCCUUUGAGCAUGGAAGUUCCAUUUGGCCAUGAUCUACAUAUCCUCCAUGCCUCUCAGCCCAUUUGGCUAUCAUGGCUAAUAGCCAAACCCAUCCUCGGUAGAUUCAUGCAACUCUUUUGGGUGGUGUCCAUUUCCACAUCCUGUGGCAGUCAGUUCCACAAGGCAAUUGCCCUCUGAGAAAAGGAAGACUUCCUUUCAUUUGCGUUGAUUUGUCUACCUAUCGGCUUCACAGGUGACCCAAGUUCUAGUAUUGUGGGCAUCUUGUGGACUGUCUCUCUGGUUCCACUUCAAGGCGGAUCAUUCACAGGGAUCUUUGAUUUCUUUUUAUCUAGUGUUGCAUCUGGACAAGAGACUCAGGGGUGAAAUGUUGCGCCCCUUGAUAUUUUCUGGCAGAAUCUGCAGAGUCCAGUUUCUUGCUUGCAGCCUUUCUCCUUGGGGAAGGUGCUCCUCGGGACUCAGGUGGGCUUUCUGUGUCCACAGAGGCCUGCAUACCGGCAGGACAGUCUGUUAUGGGCAGGUUGCCCCAAUCUUCACCAGAGCCUGGGCCUUUGGGGAGAGAGUCGCCAUCAUUGAUGAGAAUGGCAAGCAUACCUACAAGGACCUGUACGCACGGAGCCUCCUCUUGUCCCAGCAACUCUGCCAGAAGCUGGGAUGCACCAGCGGAGACCUGAACGGUGAGCGGAUUUCGUUCCUGUGCCCCAAUGAUGCCUCCUACGUAACUGCCCAGUGGGCUGCGUGGAUGAGUGGGGGCGUAGCUGUCCCUCUCUAUAGGAAGCACCCUGCUUCAGAGCUGGAGUAUUUCAUCAAGGACUCUCAGAGCGCUCUCCUGGUUGUUGAGGAAAGUUACCUGGAGAAGAUGGCCCCCAGUGCUGAUGGGCUCCGGGUGCCCAUUCUGCCCCUUCCACAGUCUGGGAAGUGCUCACCAGUUGAAGAAUCCCUCUUGGAAGCCAGGUGCCCCAUUUCAGAGUGGAAAGACAGAGGAGCAAUGAUCAUUUACACAAGCGGCACCACCGGGAAACCCAAAGGAGUCCUCAGCACUCACCAGAAUGUGCAGGCGGUGAUAACUGGGCUUGUUGAUAAAUGGCAGUGGACAAAGGAUGAUGUUAUUCUGCAUGUGCUGCCUCUGCACCACGUCCACGGGGUGGUCAACAAGCUGCUGUGCCCACUAUGGGUGGGCGCCACGUGCAUCAUGCUCCCUGAAUUCAGUGCACAGGCGGUCUGGGGGCGGUUCCUGGACCCGCAAGCGCCCAGGGUCAGCGUGUUCAUGGCAGUGCCAACCAUUUACGCUAAGCUGACAGAAUACUACGACAAGCACUUCUGCCAGCCUCACGUCCAGGAUUUCAUUCGUGCCGUCUGCCAGGACAACAUUCGACUGAUGGUCUCAGGGUCUGCAGCCCUACCUGUUCCCAUCCUGGAGAGGUGGAGGAGCAUCACCGGCCACACGCUGCUGGAGAGGUACGGGAUGACAGAGGUCGGGAUGGCACUUUCCAACCCACUGCACGGAGCCCGGGUCCCAGGAUCGGUGGGGACGCCACUGCCAGGAGUGAAGGUCUGCAUUGCCACCGAGAGCUCACAGCGGGACGGCUCCCCUUACACAGUCCACGCUGAAGGUGAUGAGCAUAGCACCCAGGUGACCCCAGGUAUGGAAGGCAAAGAAGGGGAGCUGUUUGUGAAGGGUCCUACGGUGUUUCGGGAAUACUGGAACAGAGCGAAGGAGACCAGAGACGCCUUUACGCCAGACGGCUGGUUCAAAACAGGUGACACAGCCGUGUAUAAGGAGGGCACCUACUGGAUCAGAGGCCGGACCUCUGUGGACAUCAUCAAAAGUGGCGGCUACAAAAUCAGCGCCCUCGAAGUUGAGCGCCUCCUGCUGGCUCACCCCAGCAUUGCUGAUGUGGCCGUGAUUGGCGUCCCAGACGUGACGUGGGGUCAGAGAGUCAGUGCUGUGGUGAAACUCCGGGAGGGCAAGACCAUGUCUCUGAAGGAACUGAAGGACUGGGCCAGGGAGUCCAUGGCAUCCUAUUCCAUCCCCUCCGAACUGCUCCUGGUGGAGGAGAUUCCACGCAACCAGAUGGGCAAAGUGGACAAGAAGCAACUUCUCAAGCAGUUCUACUCCUCUUAGCCUUGGCAGCCACCCGCGGGAGUCCACCGGCACGGCCACGCUUCCCGGAAGACCCCUUAUGGGCUGCAGGAGCAUCGUGGGAGACGCUCAGAGGGGCUUUGCACGGACACACUUGGCUGUCCUCCUGCGCAGCGUCCUGACUGCACGCCCGUGUGAUGGCCGGCCUGCAGCUCAUCAGUCUCAAGGACAGACACUGGCUGGGACCAGUCUUUGUAGUACGGAAACAAAUAAACUGGUUUUCCUCUCCUCUCCGAGCAGUGGCGUAGGAGGUUAAGAGCUCGUGUAUCUAAUCUGGAGGAACCGGGUUUGAUUCCCAGCUCUGCUGCCUGAGCUGUGGAGGCUUAUC